AUCUAUGGUCAGUGGCCUUGGUCGAACAUCUGAUUUCGCGGAGCAGUGUACUUGAUCCGAAAAAAAAUAAUCAAAUUGGAAACGGUGAAAAGGAUCGUGGGAGCCGGGGGCCGCUUUAAUGAAGUCAACGAGGAAAGUAAAAAAAUCAUCUUCGAGGCGUUUAUCGUCCUCGUAAUCGUGUACCUGGCACGUGGAGCUCAGUCUAAGGCCCGAGGGUUCCGUUUUUGAUUUUUUCUGAAUCGUUAACCUUGACUCGGGGUUUCGCGAUUAACCAUUUUCGUGAGUGGUGUCAAGGCGGUGUGAAGUGGUGGCAAGUUUCGACUCAACUUGAAUCGUUGAUUCGCGUCAUCAUCUUCGGGAUUUGGGGUGAUUUGAGGAGACGAACGGGAGGCGCGAGCUGUCAGUGUCGCGGUGGAUGAGCCUAACCUAAAAUGCGAGCGGCGAUCGCCGACGUCGUCGUACUGUUUAUCCUUCACCUUCUGUUCUGGUGCUGCGUCGACGUCCUCGCCAGCGGCGGCGCCCUUGACUCCACAUCCAGCAGCUACUAUGCUGGACCUACCCAUACCCCAACCUCGAAAUUGCCUUCCUUCACACAGAGUCUCUCUGAUGGACUUGCACAGGCCGUGGCUCACGAGGCUGCUGAACAGAAUGAAAAAUUCGAAAAGAAGCGUCGAAAAAGUUUCGAAGGUACGGAAGCUUGUAAUGAUGACCUCGCGUGCCUAACUAUGGCGUCAAAUGAUCGACUAGGCUUAGAAGCUAUCAAGUCUCUCCACAGUCAACUAGACGACGAUGCCAAUGGAAAUGUCGAUCUUUCAGAAUCGGAUGAUUUCUUAAGAGAAGAACUACAAUAUGAAGCUGGUUACGAACGAAGGCAAAGGGCCUUUCAUCACAAUGAUGACAUGCAAAUUAGCGUUCGUGAAUUGUGGGAAGCGUGGCUCAGAUCAGAGGUCCAUAACUGGACGAUUGAGCAAACCUCCGAAUGGCUGACAAGUAAUGUCGAGCUUCCUCAAUAUGUUCCUAAUUUUAUUCAGCAUCGAGUAACGGGUGCGGCUCUUCCCAGAUUGGCUGUGAACAACAUGCACUAUCUUAGCAAUAUUUUAGGAAUCAAGGACCCAAUUCAUAAGCAAAAACUCGCCCUUAAGGCGAUGGAUGUAGUUCUUUUUGGCCCUCCAAAAGACACUGGUCACAGCAUCAAAGAUUUGGUGCUGAUAACUCUUCUGUUUGGCGCACUGAUCGGUUGUUGGUACGCCUAUCAGCAGAAAAAGAACUCGCAGAAACAUCUUUAUAGAAUGAUGAAGGACAUGGAAAGUUUGCACAAGGCUGAAAUCGCCCUCGAGGAUCUUCAGAAAGAACUCGAAAGGGCAAGAGUAGAACAAGAGAGUGCAGCAGCAGAAAAACAAAAUUUGGAGAAGCGAUUAAAAGAUGAAGGAAUGGGUCUUCAUACUUCGUAUUCGGAUCUCGAAGUCUCGCAACUCAAAGCAGAGAUCGAAAUGUUAAAAAUGGAAUUACAACGUGCUGAAGGUGAACUCGAAGAUCGUUGUUGGUCUCCGCCUGUCGGUUUGCAGCAUUGGCUGCAGAUGACACAUGAGAUCGAAAACAAAGCUUAUACGAAGAAAAAAAUCAGUGCUGAAAAACAGCUUCAAAGUGCAAGAGAAGCUUGCGAGAAGCUGCGAAAAAAGAGGUCCAGUUUGGUGGGUGCGUUUGUUUCGACGCAUGGAAAGUCUAUCGAUGAGGUGGACAAAAGUAUCGUGGAAGCGAGGACAGCUCUCAACGAGGUGACCACGGAAUUACAAGAACGCGUGCAUCGUUGGAAACAAAUUGAGCUUUUAUGUGGAUUCAAUAUAAUUAACAAUAAUGGACUCAAUUAUCUUGAGAACGUUUUGUACAGAGGAGCGCCUAAUGGAAGAGGACUUGGCCUCAGAGGUCGAUUGAGUAGCCAAGAUGACCUAGACGACGAUACAAGUUCGCUCUACUCUCCAUCAGUCUCUGGCGCAGCAGGUACGCUGGAUAACAUAACUUGGAAGGAAUCGUCGAUCCCUCCAGAUUCAUCAAGCAGUGAGACGGGUAAAGAGACGCCGCCGGAGGCGGUGCACUUUACACUGGGCGAGAGCAGCGAAGAGUCGGCGAAAGAACGUCCCACGUCCUCCAAUGAAAAGGCCACUGCGAUGGUGCGUUCCUUCAGCCAGGACACCAACAUGGUUUUCACCGAAGAGAAGCCUACCUCAUCAUUCCUUUCCAAAACCUCCUUUUCCGAGAACUCCAUCGACACCUCGGAGAGGCUCUAUCGCUUCGUCACGGCGAAAAAGUCCCUCAAAGAUUUGCCCACUGUUAUGUCUGUCGACGACGAGACACUUUCCACCGAUUCUAAUUCCACGGCGGAUAACGAUGAGCAGAAGCGCAGGCGCAGAAAGCUCCAUUUUCCCGCUUUUAGGAAGAACAAGUCCAAACUUUCGUGAUGCUUACUAGUCACUCAAGUCUUCUUGUAUAAUUAAAAGAAGAAAAAAAAAAGAA